UCUACAUGUCUACCUAAUAAAGUAAUAGAGUGUAUGUAACCAAUGCGAUAUGGUACAAGCAUACGGCAACUACCUGGCUUGCUAGCUAAAUGGACAAAUUUAAGAUGAUUUAUUGCGAAGUAGGCCUAUUUGCCCUUUACAGCACAUGGCCAGUGUUCGGCACUGUUGCUUGUAAAGCGGACAUCCUGUCACUCGCUGCUUCAGUGUGCUGUGUAGGCUGUAGCCGCUUACCCCGGGUUAUAUGUGUGUGUGAGAGAAGCUGCUAUGGCGGCAGUACGCAACCUCCGCGUUUCUGUGAAACCAGAGAGUGGGUCAGAUCGCUCAGAAUCAGAUUCUGAAUCAGAUUCUGACAGAGAUCCCCGCGAACCAGAGCCUAUGGAGGUGGAAGAGGGGGAACUCGAGUUGGAGGACAUUCCGAUCCGCCGGUCUCUAAAGGAACUGUUACCGGAUACCAGUCGUCGGUAUGAAAACAAAGCCGGGACUUUCAUUACAGGAAUCGACGUAACUUCUAAGGAGGCAGUGGAGAAGAAGGAGAAGAGAGCCAGGCGGUUCCAUUUUCGUGCUGAGGACAACCUGGCUCAGAGGAACGUGGUGCUAGACCGAGAGAUGCUGAGCAAAGCGAUCCCAACGAUACGUCUGGAGGCCCUGUACCUUUGUGGGGUGGAUGACAUGAGCACGCAGGAUGUUUUUGGCUUUUUCAAGGAGUACCCCCCAGCGCAUAUUGAAUGGAUUGAUGACACUUCCUGCAACGUGGUGUGGCUUGAUGAUGUCACCUCCUCCCGAGCUCUGAUCAAUAUCAGCGGUAUGCCGGACCCGGCCGUCGCCACCCCAGGGACAGACGACGCCAAAGAGACCAGCCCGCCCGCCCAGGAGAGCAGAGGUUUGUCCAGGAGGGAACAUGGCUCAGAGGAUGACGAAGAUGAAGAGGAGGACGGGGAGGUGGUUGAUGAUCAGGAAGGCACGAAAGCAGAGAAGAGCAGCGAAGAGAGCGAAGGAAAAGCCAGCGAGAGUGAGGAUGAGGGGGUGAAGAAGACUGCGCCAGAGAGCACAGAGCUGGACUCUUUGUCCGAGGUGGAGAGAGAGUCACUCUUGCGCAAUGACCUUCGACCUACGACCAAGGAGUUCAAGGGAAGGAAUCUCUUCCUCAGGUUUGCUACUCGGGAUGAUAAGAAGGAGCUGGGAGCGGCCAGGCGGAGUCGGUACUACAUGAAGUACGGCAACCCCAACUACGGCGGGAUGAAAGGCAUACUAAGCAACUCCUGGAAACGCAGAUAUCACACACGGAGGAUCCAACGCGACGUCCUGAAAACCAAGAAGCCUCUGAUCGGGGACAGUAUGGGCCACACCCCACCGUACACACACAGGCACUCUGACCUGGUGAACCUUCCUGAAGAGCCAAUAGAGGAGGAGGAGGAGGAAGAGGAGGAGGAGGAGGAAGAGGGGGAAGACAUGGAUUCGGAGGACAGGGUGGUGGAGUACCGUGAGGAGCGAGAGAAAGGGGAGAAGGACAGAGACAGGGAGCGGGACAGGGAGCGGGACCGGGAGCGGGGCAGGGAUCGAGAUGGCGGCCUACGCAGUGUGGGCAGUCUGCGGAGGCAUGGCUCUACUUCCGGCUCCUCGGACUCUGACGAAAUGGACUAUGACCUGGAGCUGAAGAUGAUCUCCACGCCCUCGCCCAAGAAGAGCAUGAAGAUGACCAUGUACGCCGACGAGGUGGAGUCCAACCUCAAGACCAUACGGAAUUCGGUCCGUGGGGAGGGCGGGUCUAGCAGCAGCGUGAGGAACCGGAUUGGAGGAGGGGCUGGGGGCGGGGCCGGGGGCGGCAGCGCCAAAGCGGCGGUGGAGAAGGUGACGGACGUGAGGCAGCUUCUGGAGGAGAAGCGGCAGGGCCUGUCACAGCAGCAGCAGCAAUGUCCGCAGCCCUACGUCAACGCGGCGGGGAGGACAGAUGUUCGGAAGCGGUUGGGGAAGAGGCCGCACUCCCCCGAGGGCCGCCGGUCCACCUCGCCGGGGCCCCCCCGGGCCCCCACCCCUCGCCGCGAGCCCCUGACCAACGUGCACAGCCGGCUGGGGGUGCCCAAGCAGGAGGCCCACAGCCUCCACUCCCAGAGCCCCAAAGAGAAGAAGAGCGGCGGGCUGUGGAGCAGGCUCGGCUCCUCGCAGAUGGACAAAGUCCCUGAGAGGAAGGCUGAGAGCAGGAGCCCGGGCAAGGCCAAAGGCUCGAAGGAGGCGCCCGAGGAGGAAGACUCCGAGCUGCAGAAGGUGUGGGGCGCCAUGAUCAAGGAGAAGGAGCAGCAGUCGCACAAGAUGAAGAAGAGCCGCCUGGACAACCUGCCGUCCCUGCAGAUCGAGAUCAGCCGCGACAGCAGCAACGGCUCCGACAGCGACUCCUGAGGGGCGGGCCGAGGAGGACGGUGCAGUCGG